AUGGAAAUCUACCCGGUGGUGCCGGUAAUGCAAGAGGAGUUCAAUGACUGGUGUGAACCUUGGAACUACGCUCUUAUCCUAACGGUUCUAGGGCGAAGAUUUAACCUAUACUUCCUAAAGGAUGAACUUAAAAGAAUCUGGAGCCUUCAAGAGUACGACUUUGAAGUCAUUGAUCUCCCCAAUAACUAUUUCAUUUGCUGGUCACCAUACUUCAAUGCGUAUCACAACCCAUUGGGACGAGUAGCUACUUGGGUUCGAAUUCUAGACAUCCCCAUACACUACUAUAAUAGUCACUAUAUCUCCAGGUCGGGUGACAGAAUAGGGAGGACUCUGAAGGUUGAUAUGAAGACGCUGGAUGACUUUCAAAAUAAAAACUCGAAGAUCGAGCGUGGAAAAUAUGCACAAAUUUGUGUGGAGUUGAACCUCCAGAAAAAACUUGUGCCAAAGGUAAUCUCUACUGGAUCUGUUUUCAACGUGGAAUAUGAAGGCCUAGGAUUGAUCUGUUUUGCCUGUGGGAGGUUCGGACAUAGACGAGAAGCUUGCCCUUACAAAUGCAGUGCUGGUGCUCAGACCAGUGAAACAAAUAGCGCACCACCGCCGGUGGUUGCACCUACCGGAACGCAGGAUAGAACAACAGCCAAAACACCAAAAGCGACAGAGGAUCAGUUUGGUCCUUGGAUGAUUAACCAGCAGGAAAACAAAGCUCGGUUUCCUAGGAAAGGAGAGCAGAAGAAUAACCAGAGGGGCUAUGCAGGGUUUGAUGAUAGUACAAAGAAAGAUACAACUUUCGCCCAGAAAUCUCGCUUUGCAGUGUUUGAUGAUCUAGAGGAGGAGAUUGACGGAAGAAUGGAAGUGAUCUCGGGAAAACAAAUAGAAACUGGUCAGAACAAUGGACAAGGAAAAGCUCUGAUGAUACGCGAAAAUGGAAAAGUACAACAGACUAGGGGCGAUAGGGUAGGCUCAUCCAAGUUUGAAGCAGGGAAGCUGAAAGGAAUAAAGUCAAAAGUAGAAUAUCGGGCUAUGGGGAAGGAAAACAGAAGGCCACAGCAUAAGCCCAAUAACGACAUCAGCCCAGGUUUAAGGAUUCCAAAUGACCCAAAAAAGAAUAGACCGGAUAUGAUGUUGUUAGAAGAUCCAAGCCAAGCCCAAGGUAGUAGCCGAAGCAAUAAUGGACCAGAUAACGACCAGGGAACUUGGAUCAAUAACGAGAAGGCCAUAGUGCUGGAUCAAAGCGGUAACGCGAGGAGAAGGCUGAAAGGUCAGAGGGCUCAUGUAGUAGUCCAGGGAGACAUUAACACAAUGGAAGUUGACACAGGUGUCAGGAAAUCAGAGAAAUCUCCAAGUUGUAGAGAAGUGCAAUUGACUCCCAAUCGAAACGCUCUCCUCCCCAGUGAAUUGGAGUGUACGACACAAAUGGAAGAUAAGCAUGGUACCCAACAUAAUCGUCACCCUAAACCUCCUGACCCGACGGGAAUGGGGAUAGAAGACUCCCAAGAACCAAUGACCAACCACGAAAUAGUGGGUACAGAGACCCAAGUGGAGGAGACCCAACAAGAGGCGAUUGAUGGACCUCGAAGGGAAGAAUCUAUUAAUUAA